AUGGAAGAAGAAGCUCAAUCUGAUAUAGAAAUGCUUAGCGAUGAUGAUGAAUUAAUCAAUAGGGCAUAUCAUGAUUAUAUUCAAAAUAAAGAAACUGAAGAAGUGAUUCUUGGUACUUCUAAAUCUUUUAUUAAAUUAAAUAGUCAGACGGAAACAAGAAAGCCUGACAAAUUGAAUCGAUUGGAUUCCCUGAGAGAAUCUUUACCUGAUUCUCAAAUCGAAGGAACAUUCGGACCGUUAAGUAACAUGCAGUUUGCUGUUUUCGCAUUAGGAUCAUCAGCCUAUCCAAAUUUUUGUGCAUUUGGCCGAUAUGUCGACAAUCUACUUGGUGAACUAGGAGGUGAGAGGCUAUUAAACUUAUUUCAAGGCGAUGAAAUGUGUGGUCAAGAACAGUCAUUUCAAAAAUGGGCAACAGACGUCUUCAACGUUUCUUGUGAAACAUUCUGUAUAGAUGAUGAAGAAACUUUAUUAGAGGCAGCUGAAUCAUUAGAAUCAGAUAUUAUUUCACCACUAACUGUAAGGUUUAUCAAGUCACAACAACAGAGCUUACUAAAAUCAUUAAAUAAAUGCCACAACAGAAAUAUUUUUUCAUGUAACUUGAUUAAAAAAACUGACUUAAGCACAGAACGACUCUCACGUUCUGGCAAAAUUAAUAACUGA